AUGUUAUUGAGGAUUUGUUGCACAAUAACCGUGCUGACGGCAAUCAUCACCACAACCGCAGCAGGAGCAGUAGCUUCGCAGAGUAGAUGUAGCAGCAGACCUAUUUACUACGCGUCGGAAUGUCUGGAAAUGAAGGAGUGUGCGUGGUGUUGUGAGAAACCUGUGGGGCAGCAGUGUUUUGAUAAACUGAGGUCCGCUUCCUCAGCGCUGGCAUGCGCUGAGUAUGCGAUUGUAAAUGAUACCAACACCAGAUGCGGAGAUCUCUGCGCUGUGACCCACGGUGACUGUGAAAGCUGUCAAGAAAGAAAUUGGUGCUACUUUUGCAUUUCCUCCUCCAUGUGUCAGCCCCCAUACGCGUCGUGCUCAAGCGGCCAAGUCAUCCAGUUGUGUAGCAUGCAGAAUAUUGAGAGAAAUGAGAUGCAUUACUUCAUGAUUGUCAUGGGUGUGGGAGGGGCACUGAUAAUGCUCUCAAUGUUUGGAGGCUUGGUGCUGUUAUCCCUGCACGUGCGUCAGCGGAGAAGAGAAGAUGAACAGCCCUUGUUGGAGGACGAGCGAACGCCGUUUCUUCAUGACGCCAGAGCCGCCGAUGCUGUCAGCCCGCGUACCGUUGGUGACCCCACCAUCAACAGCAAUAUCGAUGCUAACAUCACUGCCGAUGAGUUCCCUCCUGGCACGGCGUCGAGUGGUGCGUGUAGUCACGGCGAGACACGGCCUGAGGCUGCCGUGGAAUCCUCUGCAGUGCAUGACACUAGGGAGGGAGAGGCCGCCGAGGUUCAUCUGCCGACGCCCCGGUCAGCUAAAGUGAGCACGGGGGAUGAUGAUUCGAUUUGCUUUUUGUGCCUUGAUGCGAACCCGUCGGUGACGUUUCUUCCAUGCUACCACACCUGCUGCUGUGAGGCAUGCAGCAACAAGCUACGCCCAACCCGCGGUGAUGUCCUGACGUGCCCUUUUUGUCGUGCCAAGAUAGAGGCGAUGGUGAGCCUGCAUAGUGUCUUGAUGCAGGCGCGUUUGCUGUGA